AUGGAGCCCAUCUCUGUGGUUGCUGCGUCGGUAGCGCUCGCGGCCGGCCUCGUGAAGACGGUGGCCACCGUAGCAGAGAUAUCCGUCGACCUGCGCGACGCAUCUGACGAUUUACGCGACAUUUCCAACGAGCUGGCCCUUUUCCAGGCCUUUAUUACCCCACUCACCACUGGGCUCUCCCGCUUCGGUGCCCAGUCCAACCCGAUGCUGGGCCCUCUCCUGGAGCAGAUCAAUAGCGCUGUGACCGGUGCGAUGGCGGUGGUUGAGAAGAUCGAGUCACUCUUAGUCAAAUACCGCGGGCGAUUGACACUUUGGCUGAAGCUACGGUGGUCGCUGUUUGGGGUCGAUCAGAUUCGGAAACUGAGAGAAUCGCUCGAGUCGUACAAGGUCGCGCUGGGCAUCGGCCUCCAUCUGAUGUCAAUGUCGGUGAAGAACGAUACCGAAGUGAUUCGUGAGGUGGCCGAGGUGGUCAAGCUUCUGCAGAAAGACGAGAUCCUCAGCCGUCUCGUUACACAAGCACCGCCGACGGAGUCGCAAACCAAGGUGGAACAGUGGCUCGAGAAGAUGGCAGACUACACGACAUGCGGCGAGACAGCCUACCAGGCCACCAUUCUUGAUCCAGAUGAGGAGCCGGCAAGACCUGCGGUCACCACCAAUCCUAUCCCGGAGCUACCUGCACUUUCACUGAGUGAAAAUGACCCGCAGAUCGACAGAGAGGAUGAAGAAGCACCGAAAUCAUUGUCUAAUAAGCCAUCCGAGAGUUUUCUAAGUGCAGAGGGCAGUCUUGGGUUCAGCUCCCCUCUAAACAAUCCAUCAACCACACAGUUGUCUACAGUCGCCAGUUCGGAUCUUGCAAGCACACAAAGCAACGAUGUCACCAGCAUUUCCCGUACGACACUUUUUUCUUCAUUCAACCUGGAGGUUCAAAGCCAAGCCGGCAUGAGCGAACCUUCUCUCCUUACCUCGCCGGUCCCGGAGCCUUCCAUAGCGUCCCCAAGCCCUCAACCCCAGACAGAGCGAGAAGCCAGCCAACCCGGGCCACCGGCGGGCGAUAGCACAGCUAGAACGAUAAACUGGCAGCCAUUGGUCCCUAGUUUUAUUCCUGAAAUAGAUUUUCAAAACAUUCAGAUUGCUACACAGUUGGACAUGGAUGCUAUACAAAUAUCGGAGAGGAGGAGGCAUGCAUUGUCCGACAAAUACCGAGAGCAAGUGGACGCAAUGCUCCUGCGCAAGCUUUCCCAGAACCCAGGGUCUCUCAAAACGAAGAGGCGAUUAUUCUGUGAGACACUUCUCAAGAAAGGGGCUUCCAUUGAGGGAUCAAACGAUACCUCCACCAACCCACUCAAUGAAUUAAUAGCUCAGCGAGACUGGGAGACGCUCUGUCUGUUAUUGAGAUAUGGCGCCGACCCAGACGGAUGUACACUACACGAUCCUCGCCAACCGCUGGCUGUUGCCGCAUGCAACAGCGUAACCUGCAUGUGCGCUUUGAUUCUGGCCGGAGCAGAUAUCCAAGCGACGGAACGGAGCGAAGACGUCUGCAACCGAUUCUGCGGCUCGGGAAGGGAGAGAGAGGGCCGAAUCUACUGCGCACCACUUCUCUCGGCCUUUGCAGCAGUACGCCAGAAGGGUCAUAUUAACAUCAAACAGUUCUGGAUCACCCACUUUCUUCUGAAGAACGGAGCCAAUGUCAAUUUCGAGUCAUGCACUACUGUGAUGGAUUUCAUGGUCCAGAGAUGGCCUGUUGCUAGUCAGUAUCGAAUGACGCAGCAUUUUAUCAAACACGGCAUUAACAUGUCGAGCCCCGGCCCGAAAACCCAGCUUCAAGAGGCGUGUAUUGCGGGAGAGACACGUCUGGUCCAGUUGUUGAUUGAUCAUGGCAUCGCUAGGAAAAAUCCUUUUCUUGGCGAAUCUCCAGAGACAGACCCGAUUAUUCUCGCCGCAGCUCACCAGAACUGGAAUUGUGUUGACAUUGUAAUGAGCUCCGUCACGAGCACGAUUCACUACUUUAAUCUGGUUCAGGUUUUCAUGUUGGAAAGCCCGCUGGACCUAUCAUGGGAGGUGUUCCGACGUACCGUGGGCAAAUUUCGUGAGAGUUCAUAUAUCGACCUCGCAGCACGACUACUUUGGCAUUAUCCGCGGCAGGCUUCGGAUUCCAGUGAAUACGAAGCUGUUAGUGAGAACAUUACAGUCGUAGAGCUUGGGGAAAGAAUUCUCAAUGAGAACAACCGAGAUCGCUCGCAGGUGCUCCAAUUAUUGAGAGGGGAGGCCGGUGUUGUAGCUGAGCUGGAGGGCAAUUGA